CCGAACUUUAGUAGGCGUCGGCGGAUCUGGGCUAAAUUCCUAAACGCGUCACAGCAGUUGAAAAGCAGAGGAAAAAAAACAUCUGAUCUUUCUUCAACACUCUCCUUCAUCUGCUAUUGGUCUCCAUAGGUAAGCACAAAACUAACAAUUAAACUAAAAAAAAAAACCCCAACUUCUCUGCUUACUGGCCACUAGAGAAAGCAAACAGAACGACCAAUGGCAUUGAAUCAAGCAGGAAGAUCAUCACCAUGUAGUCCUAGGGUGUUGAAAUCAGUAUUGGGUCUAAUGGCAAUUAGUUUGGUAGCCUAUAUUUUGGGUCCACCUUUGUAUUGGCACUUGAUGGAAGGUUUAGCUGCUGUUAGCCGUUCUUCUUCUGUUACUACUUGCCCUCCUUGUAAUUGUGACUGCAAUUCCGAACCCUUCUUUUUCAUUCCUCCAGGUUUGAGCAAUGUCUCUUUGACAGAUUGUGCUAAGCGUGAUCCAGAAGUUGGUGAAGACACGGAAAAAAACUUUGCUGAUUUGUUGUCUGAGGAACUUAAAUUGCGAGAAGCUGAAGCCUCAGAAAAUCAGCGGAAGGCAGACAUGGCACUUCUUGAAGCAAAAAAGUUGACAUCCCAAUAUAUGAAAGAAGCAGACAAGUGCAAUUCUGGAAUGGAAACAUGUGAAGAGGCAAGGGAAAAAGCUGAGGUUCUUUUAUUGGCACAAAAGAAAAUGACUGCUACAUGGGAGAUGAGGGCGCGUCAAAAAGGAUGGAAAGAAGGGGCAGCCAAGUCUCGAAGUCAGUCUCAGGGGAAUGUACAGACUAUGUAACAUGCGCAUGGCCUCAAGUAGCUUAUCUCGACUUGAUCUGAUGCCAGGUUCCAGUGCAACAAAGUUGUCUAUAAUUGAGUCCCAGCUCCAAAUGUGUUAGCACGUGAAUGGAUUCCAUUUAUUUUGAACCAUAUGCCCGAUUUUAGUUUAGAGGCCACUAUAACAUCUCUCUCUCUCAAACAGAUUGCCACUAGUUCCACUAUAAGGCAAAGCCUUUCUAUAUAUCCUGCUGAGUUAAUAUUCCACUAGUUAAA